AUGGUCUUUACAGAUCACUACAACACAACAGCAGAUGAGAACAAUAAACAAAGAACAGCAGAUGGGAACAAUAAACAAAGAACAGCAGAUGAGAACAAUAAACAAAGAACAGCAGAUGGGAACAAUAAACAAAGAACAGCAGAUGGGAACAAUAAACAAAGAACAGCAGAUGGGAACAAUAAACAAAGAACAGCAGAUGGGAACAAUAAACAAAGAACAGCAGAUGGGAACAAUAAACAAAGAACAGCAGAUGGGAACAAUAAACAAAGAACAGCAGAUGGGAACAAUAAACAAAGAACAGCAGAUGGGAACAAUAAACAAAGAACAGCAGAUGGGAACAAUAAACAAAGAACAGCAGAUGGGAACAAUAAACAAAGAACAGCAGAUGGGAACAAUAAACAAAGAACAGCAGAUGGGAACAAUAAACAAAGAACAGCAGAUGGGAACAAUAAACAAAGAACAGCAGAUGGGAACAAUAAACAAAGAACAGCAGAUGGGAACAAUAAACAAAGAACAGCAGAUGGGAACAAUAAACAAAGAACAGUAAACAAUAAUUAG